AUGGCGAAGCGGCCGGCCGUGCUGUGGGCGGCCGCGCUGGCGGUGCUGCUUCUGUUGGCGGCGGCGUGCACGGCGGCCGCCGCCGUGACCAUCUCGCGGAAGCGGCACCAUCGCGGCGGGGCGUCGGCGUCGUCGGCGGCGCGGUCCUGCGACCCGUUCGCGGCGGCGGGCGCGUGGGUGGUGGACGAGUCGUACCCGCUCUACGACUCGGAGCGCUGCCCCUUCAUCCGCGACGAGUUCGCGUGCGCGCGCUUCGGCCGCCCCGACACCAUGUACCUCAAGUACCGGUGGCAGCUGGACCCGCCCUGCGCCCAGCCCAGGUUCGACGGCGCGGCGCUGCUCAGGAUGUGGGGCGGCAAGACGGUGAUGUUCGUGGGCGACUCGCUGGCGCUGAACCAGUACGAGUCGCUGCUGUGCAUGCUCCACGCCGCGGCACCCGGCGCUCGGACCACCCUGUCGCCGGCGUCCGGGAAGAUCGACCCCUCCUCCACCGUCCGCUUCGAGGACUACAACGUGACCGUCGUGUACUACCUGACGCACUACCUGGUGGACCUCGUGACGGAGGCGUCCGGCCGGCGCGUCCUCAAGCUGGACACCAUCGACCAGGCGCGCGACUGGCUCGCCGCCGACGUGCUCGUCUUCGACUCCUGGCACUGGUGGCCGUACACCGGACCCAAGCAGCCCUGGGACUACAUCCAGGUGGGCAACACGGUGGUGAAGGACAUGGACCGCACGCAGGCCUUCACCAAGGCGCUGCACACCUGGGCCAGGGGCCAGGACUGGGGCGCGUCGCCGAAGAAGACGUGCAUGGGGGAGACGCAGCCGCUCAAUGGCACGGGGCCGUACCCGGGCGGGCCGAUCCCGCAGCAGGCGAUCCUGAGCGGCGUGCUAGCCGGGAUGGCCAAGCCCGUCUACCUGCUCGACUUCACCUACCUGUCGCAGCUGCGCAAGGACGCGCACCCCACCAAGUACGACGGCGGCAUCUUCGGCGGCGACUGCACGCACUGGUGCGUCGCCGGGCUCCCGGACACCUGGAACGUCCUCUUCUACGCCGCGCUCACCGGGCAGGACUGA